UACGUACAGUGUUGCAAAGCGAGCGCUUGACAAGAAACAGAAGAAAAUAGCACAAGACAAGAGCCAAAAAGACAGGUGUAUUAAUUAUAUAUUGUCCUGAUCCUGUUUGCAUCUGAUCCCUGACCGACCGCGACUGUUGAGUGAAGUGAAGAACCAAUGUGAACAGUGGCGUCGCCAGACGCAGCAGCAGCAGCAGCAGCCGCAGGAGGAGCCCUAGAAUCCAUCGCAGCAGCUGCACCCCCGCAAACAAAAAAUUCUGGGCCAUGGGCACCAAGGAGUCCAAACACUCCAAUAGCAUCAGCUACGAGGAUUCGGUGAAGCGCGUAAGCGAUGUGGAGCUUCGCCGCCUUAGGGAUGCCUUCAAGAAGUCGGCGGGCGUGGGGAGGAACUUCCUCAGUCGAAAUGCCUUCCAGCAGGAUGUCCUUUGCGAGGGAGUGCCGCCGAAGAUCACGGACAUGCUCUAUACUGCCUGUGGUGGCACCCAGCGCGGCAUCUCCUUCAACGACCUGCUCUGCGGCCUGGUACUGAUCACCCGGGGCACUCAGGGUGAGAAAACCAAAUUCCUGUGGAACCUCUAUUGCAACGAUGCCGGCACCUUUAUCAUCAAGUCGGACUAUGUGCGCAAUGUCAAUCUGCCUCCCUUCGAGAGCGUCUCCUUGUUUGCCCAGAGCGAACGCGUCAAUUUCGAGCAGUUCCAGGACUGGAUAAUCAAGCAUCGCAAUGCCACGGUCCUCUCCAAGUGGCUGCUGUCCGACAACUGUGUCAGUCUCACCUCGGAGCUGGAGACUCCAACGUUUUACCAGAGCCUCGCUGGAGUGACGCAUCUCGAGGAGAAGGACAUUGGCGAUCUGGAGAAGGAGUUUUGGCGCUUGAAGAACACUUCGCAAAACGGCCAAAUCGACCUGCAGUUCCUGGGCCCGCUGAUCAGCCCACCCAUACCAAAGAAUGCGCUUGCAGGACUCUUCAAUGCCUUCGAUGAGAACCGCGACGGGCACAUCGACUUCAAGGAGCUGUGCUGUGGUGUGAGUGCCGCCUGCCGGGGACCUGGAGUAGAAAGAACACGAUUUUGCUUCAAAAUCUUCGAUGUGGAUCGAGAUGGGGUGCUUAGUCACGAGGAGACACUUCAGAUGAUCAACGUUCUGCUGCUGGUGGCCAAGGAGAACCGCGAGGCCCAGCAGUACAAGGACCUGACCAAGCAGCUGGUUAUCAGCGAUCUGCUGGAGUUUGGCCAGCGUAGAAGCCCCGAUGGGACGCCCAGCAAACUGACCCGCGACAAUGUCUCGCUCACCGCCGAGGAUUUUAUGCUGUGGAACGUGCAGUGCGACCUGAGACUUAUGCAGCCCCUGCUGGACCUCAUCUUUGAGCUCUGCCACAUCGUCUUUGGCCUGUGGCCGCAGUGCAAGCACAUGGAGAACGAUAUUGUACGCGGCUGGCUGAGACGCGAGGAACGCAGGCCGUAUCGCGUUGGCCAAUUCUGGUAUUUGAUUACCCGCGACUGGUGGCUCGGCUGGAUGCAGUACACCCAGCAUACGGCUCACACCUGCGACUAUUGUAAGAGGACUGCCAGCCAGCGAACCGCCGUCGAUGAGGCGCUUGUCUGCGAUGAGAGCUUCAACACACACAGCCUGGAGCAGCACGAUAGCUAUUCACUGGGAUCCGCAUCCGGUUCCGGGUCGGCGAGCAGUGGCAUCUCAGCGGGAAGGCACUGCGGACCAGUGCGACCGGGACCCAUUGACAACAGCAAUCUGAUUACAGCCAAUCCGUUUCGAAAUGUGCGCACUCUCACCGGCGAGGGUGGUCACCUCAAGCGGGAUACGCCUCUCGUGCAGAACCACGACUUCGAACUGGUUCCCAAGUCCUUGUGGAAGGCACUGAAUCGGUGGUAUGGCGACAAUCUGCCACUGCCUCGGCAGGUCAUCCAACCGCCCAACUCGGAUGUGGAACUGGAGCUUUACCCGCUGAACAUGCGCAUCCUGCUCCACCAGGCUCAGCCAUCGCAGACAGGCGUCGGCGGUGGCGGUGGCACUGGGCAACUGGGCAGCUGGGGCUCCACGGUGAGCGGUGGCUACGGUGUCCUGGCCUCCGGAGGCGGAUAUGCGGCCAUUGCGGCUAGCAGUGUGCUUCAACCGCCGAAACGAUACCUCGCCUACACGGCUGCCUUCAGUCGACUGGCCACGGUGCGCCAAGUGGGCGAGUUCCUGUGCGAGCAGCUGCGUCUCAAAUCGGAGGACAUCCGGCUGUGGCACGUGCCGCAGCUGGACAACGGUGCCAUAUUGCUGGAGGAGGAUGCCAUGUGCCUGAAGGAGCUGCUUAUCCGGGACAACGACCAGCUGCUGCUGGAGAUUCGCAACAAGGAUUUGACCUGGCCCGAGGAACUCGGCUCCUUGGCCAGCGCUCAGAGUGGCCAAGGAGCGGGAACGCCGGGCGAUCGGCGUCGCCUCACCCGCAGCUCAAUUAUGUCGGUCCACGCGCCGGGAGCCACUGGAUUGCACAACCUGGGGAAUACCUGCUUCAUGAACGCCGCCCUGCAGGUGCUGUUCAAUACCCAACCGCUGGCCCAAUAUUUUCAGCGUGAGAUGCAUCGCUUUGAGGUGAAUGCGGCCAACAAACUGGGCACUCGCGGCCAGCUGGCCAUGCGCUAUGCGGAGCUGCUGAAGGAGGUCUGGACGGCGACGACGCGCUCGGUGGCGCCGCUCAAGCUGCGCUUUUGUGUCAACAAGCAUGCGCCACAGUUCGCCGGCGGCGGGCAGCACGAUUCGCAGGAGCUGCUCGAGUGGCUGCUCGAUGCACUGCACGAGGAUCUCAACCGCGUGAUGGAGAAGCCCUACAGCGAGCUGAAGGACUCCAACGGGCGCCCCGACAAAAUAGUCGCCGCCGAGGCCUGGUCGCAGCACCACGCUCGCAACCAGUCCAUCAUCAUCGAUCUGUUCUACGGUCAGCUGAAGUCAAAGGUCAGCUGUCUGGGCUGCGGACACGAGUCGGUGCGCUUUGAUCCGUUUAGCCUGCUCAGCUUGCCGCUGCCGGUGGAGAACUACGUUUACUUGGAGGUCUUGGUAAUCCUUUUGGAUGGAAGCGUGCCCAUCAAAUAUGGUUUCCGCCUGAACUCCGAGUGCAAGUACUCGCAUCUGAAGCACAAGCUAUCCACUCUGUGCUCCCUGCAGCCAAAUCUGAUGCUCGUCUGCGAGCUGUGGAACUCACAAAUACGCCAAGUCCUUUCCGACGAGGAGAAGCUACGCACGCAGAGCGCCAAGGAGCUGUACGUCUAUCAGCUGCCCGAACAGAGUGUGCGGACGCGAUCCAACUCGGUGCUCAGCAUGCACAUCGAGCAGGGACUCAAGGACAUUCAGCGCAGUUCCGCUCUCAUCACCAGCGCCCAGGACUCGCUGUCCUCGCUGAGCACCCUGCAGACCUCCAGCCACCGCGCCUCGUCUCGAGUCCUCUGCAAUGGCCAUGUCUCUGGCCUGGAGGUGGAAACCGAGGCGGAGAUGGCGGCGGAUGUUUCGCACUACAACAAUAAUUACAAUCCCAUCGUUAGCACUUUCAGCGGAAACGGAAGCGGGGACAACCAAGUGCACGAACUGCUGCCAGAUGAGGCCGGAAAGGUAAGCCGGUGCUUUGGAAAGCGAGAGUGCAUGCCCCACAGCCUAUUUUGCUUCAAGGAGUCGCUCAUCCUGAGCUCCAGCCCGGAGAACACGUUCAUGCACGGCGCGGCUGCCCAGCAGAAGCGUGUGUCCUCCGCCAAGUUGCUGCACACGGAGAGCAACACCAGCUCCAUGUCGUACACCAAUCAUUCGGGCGAAAACUCCAUGGAGAGCUCGCUGACGGAACCCAUUCCAAUGGGCGCCGAACUGGCGCCGGUGAGUAGCCGGCAUGGAAGCAACAGCGACGAUGGCUCCUCCUUCCGGAUGUCGCCGAACGAUUCCAGUGGCCUGAGCACGGGCAACACGCUGGGCGCCAGCCUGGAUGUGGACGAACAGGCGGAGGAGGGCAACGAGGAGGAGGAGGAGGAUGGGGAGGAGCACGAUCAGCCGGAUCAGAUCACCACCUCGCAGCCGGAAACCAGCAGUGGCGUCUACUCCCGCCGCUCCUCGCAGCCGCCGCACAAGGCGGCCAAGUAUUUGGUGGCCGUGCAUCGAAAGAUAACCCGGCACGACAGCUACUUCCUUUCCUACCACAAAACGAGGCCGAGUCUCUUUGGGGUCCCGCUGCUCAUUCCGAAUAGUGAGGGUGGGACCCACAAGGAUUUGUACUGCGCCGUGUGGCUGCAGGUGAACAGGCUGCUCAGUCCACUGCCAGCCACCACGGAGCAGGCAAACCAUGCCGCCGAUUGUGAUGACAGCCUGGGCUACGAUUUUCCCUUCACGUUGCGUGCCGUCAAGGCAGAUGGUCUAACCUGCGCCAUUUGUCCCUGGUCGAGCUUCUGUCGCGGAUGCGAGAUUCGCUGCAACAAUGACUACGUGCUCCAGGGAGCCCUGCCGCCCAUCAAUGCCGUGGCCAGCAACACAUCAACGCCAAAAAUGAACGCUAAAUUCCCAUCGCUUCCCAAUCUGGAGGCUAAACGGACGCCCGAGUAUACCGCCUCGUUGUCGUACACGCCGACAACGAAAUAUUUUGAAGACUUUACCAUUGCCAUCGACUGGGAUCCGACUGCCCUGCAUUUGCGCUACCAAAGCACCUUGGAGCGUCUUUGGGUGGAUCACGAGACCAUUGCCAUAAGUCGGCGGGAGCAGGUGGAGCCCGUGGACCUGAAUCAUUGCCUGCGCGCCUUCACCUCCGAGGAGAAGCUGGAGCAGUGGUAUCACUGCAGCCACUGCAAGGGCAAGAAGCCCGCCACCAAGAAGCUGCAGAUCUGGAAGCUGCCUCCGAUAUUGAUUGUCCACUUGAAGCGGUUCAACUGCGUUAACGGCAAGUGGGUCAAGUCACAGAAGGUGGUUCACUUCCCCUUCGAUGACUUCGAUCCCACGCCAUAUUUAGCCUCGGUGCCCCAGGAGACGAUACUGCGACACAAGGAGCUGCUGGAACUGAAGAAGGAUGUUAUGGCAAACAACGAAGUUGUUAGCGAGCUGGACGAGAUCGAUGCACCUGUGAAGCAGGAUAAGGAGGAACUUCCAAAGCAAACAGUAACCGCGGCACCAGCGCCCACCGGAAAUAUCCUGCGUCAGAGCAAGACCAUCAAUUCUGUGCGUCGACAGCGGCUCAUCUCGACGAGUCUCACCAAAACGCCCAUCGUGGAUGGCGAGUUCGAGGAUUACCACCAGCACCGACUCAAGCCGGAAGUGGAUGAGUUCGAUCCCAGAUACCGACUCUAUGCCGUUGUGUCUCACUCGGGCAUGCUGAAUGGGGGUCACUACAUUUCCUAUGCAUCGAAUGCCACGGGAUCCUGGUACUGCUACAACGACAGCUCCUGCCGCGAAAUAUCACAGAAGCCGGUCAUCGAUCCGAGUGCCGCAUAUUUGCUGUUCUACGAACGCAAAGGCCUGGACUACGAACCCUAUCUGCCGAACAUCGAGGGACGGCCGCUGCCCAAUGUCUCUGGCGUGCCGCUCGAGGUGGACGAGACCGAGGGAGAGCUGAAGAAGAUGUGCUCGAUUUCCUAACUGAUGUCCACUUCCGUGGGCAUCUUGGCUAUGAAAAUUAUAUUUUCUUUC